AUGUUGAGUGACAAAGAAGAGGCUGUGCUAAAAUUGGAGGGUAUGGAAUCUGGCUCUACCCGCGGGUCAGUUGUCAAUCAUGUGGUUAUUCAAAGUGAUGCUUCAAACGUACCAAAUACCGUAAAACUCAAUGGAUCAAAUUACCCUCUUUGGUCCAAAGUAUUAGAGAUGCAUAUUGCUGGGCGUGGAAAAAAAGGGUUCGUGACAGGGAGUAUUAAGGAGCCGAAUGAAGACAGUGCUGACUAUGAUGCUUGGGAGACUGAGAAUGCAAUUGUGAAACGAUGGUUGAUUAACUCCAUGGAUCCUAAUAUCAUGGGUUUUUUCAUUCAUCUUCGUACUGCUCAAGAAGUAUGGGAAGAAGUUGCCAGGAAGUAUUAUGAUGGAUCUGAUAUCUCUCAGAUUUAUGAAUUGAAGAGAAGACCAAUCAAGAUGGAGUGUGCUCGUGACUUGAAGACACUUCGAGGAGAAGUUCAACUAGACUGUGUGUAUGCCUUUUUAGCGGGCCUCAAUGAUAUUUUUGAUAAGGAAUUGAAGAAGAAGUUGCGUGCUAAAGAGCGUGCUUCUAGCAGAGCUAGUUUAAGGCAUCCACCUAUGGGUGCCGCAACAACUAGAAACAAAGAUGUCGUGCCUACUCAGGGGGAUCCAAGUUGGAUUCUGGACUCUGGAGCAACUGACCAUAUGACAUUUGAUAAACGGUCAUUUAAGUAUAUGACAACAGCACAUCAAAAGUGUGUUGCCACGGCAAAUGGCACCACUGCCGUGGUGACUGGGGCUGGCACAGUGGACCUCACGCCAUCUCUUUCUCUCCACCACUGUUUGCUUGUUCCAUUGUUGCUUCACCAUUUAUUAUCUAUUCCCCAAGUUACUGAGCAGUUGGAUUGUGUUGUACUUAUGUAUCCAUUUUUUUGUUUGCUUCAAGAUAUUCAGACCAAGGAGAUAAUUAGGCGUGGCACUAAGAGAGAGGGGUUGUACUAUGUGGAUGACGUCGUUCCUGGCAGAGCUAAUGCAGUUCAAGCAUCCCGUACUAGUCAUCUGCAAGAAGUUUGGUUGUUACAUUGUCGGUUAGGACAUGUUUCUUUUAGUUAUCUAAGGCAUAUGUUGCCUAGUAAGUUUCAUGAAAUAAAUGAAUCAGACUUACAUUGUGAAGUAUGUAUUCUUGCUAAGAGCCAUCGUGCUUCGUUUCCUUCUAGUAAGAAUAAAAGCUUGCUUCCGUUUGAGCUUGUGCAUUUAGAUGUUUGGGGGCCUUCACCCGUUAAUAUAGUUUUAGGAGUUAAGUGGUUUGUUACGUUUAUUGAUGAUUGCACUCGUAUGAAAUGGGUGUAUUUGUUGAAAAAUAAGAGUAAUGUAAGUGCAAUUAUUCGGUCUUUCUCUCAGAUGGUGGCUGUUCAAUAUUCCUCUGUUAUUAAAGUUCUUCGUACUGAUAAUAGGGGAGAAUAUGUUAACUCUGAGCUUUCCAAUUUUUUCCGUGAUCAAGGAAUUUUCUGUGAGACAACUUGCUCAUGCACCCCACAACAAAACGAGGUCGUUGAUAUGAAAAACCGUCAUAUUUUGGAAACUGCUCGUGCCAUGCUUAUUGAUGGGUCUGUUCCAAAGAGUUUUUGGCUAGAUGUCAUCUCCUAUGUUGUGUAUGUUAUCAAUCGCAUGCCCUCUCGGGUCGUAGAAUUUCGUACUCCACUCCAAGUGUUGACGGAGCAUGUUCCGAUUGUUUCUACCAAUACACUCACUCCUCGAGUGUUUGGAUGUUACAAGUGUUACCACCCUGCCACUCAUCGCAUAUAUAUCACCAUGGAUGUGACCUUUUCUGAGUAUGAAUAUUUUUAUACUCCCAUUUCACCACCUUUCGAUCACAAGGGGGAGAGUUCUAAUUGUGAUCUGGAUGGUGUUCUCGAAUGGUUGGUUGUACAAGAGGAAACGUCUUCAGGGGGAGGUCUCACCGAACCUACUCCAAGUAUCCCACAGCUUCUCAUCGAAGAAGAGACUGCUAGUCCAUGUAUUGGUGCUGCCAAAGGGAAGUGCAGUGGUCAUCAACCAACUAUUACUGAAGCUUCCUCCCCUCUCUCUAGCUCAACAAUGUCGUCGUCCAACGCAUCUUCUCUGGAUAUCCCUGAGGUUCUCUCCAAAAGGAAAAUACCAACUCGGGUAGAAGACGCUUUGAAGAGUCGAGAAUGGACCAAAGCAAUGGAUGAAGAGAUGAGGGCAUUACAGAAAAAUAAUACUUGGGAAGUAGUUGAGCUGCAAAAGGGAAAGAAACCAGUUGGGUGCCGAUGGGUUUUUACGGUGAAAUACAAGGCUGAUGGAUCACUUGAUAGGUAUAAAGCAAGGUUGGUGGUGAAAGGGUAUACUCAAACGUAUAGAGCUGAUUACCAGGAAACUUUCUCUCCCGUGGCUAAGAUGAAUGCGGUACGAGUCCUUAUCUCACUAGCUGUAAAUUUGAACUGGCCACUGAAACAGUUUGAUGUAAAAAAUGCAUUUCUUCAUGGAUAUCUGGAGGAAGAAGUGUAUAUGGACUUCCCUAUAGGGUAUAGCAACGGAGGGAAAAUGGGAGUGUGUCGAUUGCGGAAGUCCCUUUAUGGGCUUAAGCAGUCACCACGUGCAUGGUUUGGGAGGCUCACUCAGGCUAUGAGAAAAAAUGGGUAUUAUCAAAGUCAUUCUGAUCAUACUUUAUUUGUGAAGCGGAGAAACGGUAAAGUAACAGCCUUGAUUAUUUACGUAGAUGAUGUGAUAAUAACAGGCGAUGAUUCUGAUGAAAUUGUCAAACUGGAGAAGAACCUUUCCAUUGAGUUUGAGAUGAAGAGUUUAGGUGACUUUAAGUAUUUCCUUGGUGUGGAAGUUGCUCGUUAG